AUGAGGGAAGUACGCGGGGACCAGAGUCUGCGCUGGCCUCAGAGCAUUUGGCGCCUGUUCGGGAUUCCUUCACCUGUCAAUCAUCUGUUCGCCGAAUCAGAGGGACCGAAGAGGCACGUGCUCCGAGCUCUGCUGGGGGCCAUCCCCGGAGCAGUUUUCUUCAUAGUUCUGUUUCAUGAUCGUCCUUUGAGUUUCGAGCUGAGGCUGUCGGCCGGACUCCUCUGCAGCGGUGUGUGUGCAGUGGGAGGGGCUUGCUCGUCCUUCUUCAGGUGUUCUCUCCUCCUCACGUUUCCCAUGAUGCUCGGCUCCAGAGGUCAAACGUACGUCCUGUUGCUGCUGCUGUCGCUGCUCUACUCAGGUCCAGUGCAGAACAUCCGUCAGAACGUAGAGGCCUCUGCUCUGAGUUUGUCCUGUAACCUGGACCUCCAGCUGAACCUGAGCCACCUCCUGUGGAGACAAGCUGUAGAUCCAGUGUCCAGGCUCACCCACGAGCUGAUGAUCAGCACGACAGACUUGGGGGCGGAGACUCUGAACAUCAGCUCCACGUUCCAGACCUUCAGACAGGAAGUGAUGCGUCAGUACGGAGCCGAGCCGUUAGCUGCCGAUGCUAACCAGGCUAACGACACACUGACUACAAGGACCAUGAUGCAGUGUGAAGACGUGGUGCAGGGGGCGGUGCUGCGCUGCUCUGAUUGGUUCAAUGGGAAGUGGGCGGAGUGUCUGUCCACCGUGUCUGUCCCGGUCCUGAACCAGCUACUGUGUUUCCCCAUGAAGUUCAGCUUCCUAUGCGACAUCCAGAGAGUGAUGACUCCCUGGUGCACACAGCGCCUCCCUGUGGACACAGACUCAGGACGUCAGUGGGAACAGCUGAACCGAACUAUGGAUCUGUUCAGGAAGGAGUUCAUAGCCAGCGUCCAGCUACAGGAGGAGCAGCAGGAGGUCCUGGAUGGUCCGGUUCUGGACCAGGUCUUUACUGAUGCAGUUCAGGACUCACUUCUCAGACUCAGUUCUGGAUCUGAGGUCCUCAUGGAACUUCUGCAAAUCGCCAAGUCCUUCACCUUCAUCAGCAUCAUCUUCCAGGCGGUCUUAUACCUGGUCCGGUUCAGAAGCGACUUGAGAUUCGACAACGUUUACAUCACAGAGAAAUUCAGACACAUCGAGACGAGACGAACAAGACAGAGGAGGCGUGGCGUGUUCCCUCUCUCAGAAAUGGACCAAAGAAACUUCAUCCAGCCCUGCAGCGCAAGGAUCCACCCCCAGGAGGCGCCACCACUUGUCUCUGGUCUGGUCCAGUCAGUCUCAGUUCUAGUCUUGGUUCUGGUCCUGGUGAGUCUGGACCUGGUUCUGUCCCAAGUCCUGCAAAUUGUGGGACACAACAGCAUCACACAGCUCAACAUAACAGGUUUUCACCAGGUGCAAAUGGAAGUGGUCGGAGAUUCACUUAUGGCCCGCCUCCUCAGGAAGACAGUCUCAGUCUUCAAUAGCUCCGCCCACUUUGACAUCGACAGCAGCAACAGAAGGUGCUCAGUGGUCCCCUCCUCUCUCCCUCCCUCUCUGUAUCUGAAGUGUUGUGUGUGUGUCCUGAUGAUGGCGCUGUUCAGCCUGGUCCAGGUUUACAGCAGUCGACUGAGGAGGGUCAUCUGUGCCUCCUUCUACCCACAGAGGGAGAAGAUGAGAGUUCGAUUCCUGUACAAUGUGCUGCUCCAGAGUAACAGGAAGUGCCCCAUCUCAAACAGGAAGUGCUCCUCAGACCGCUUGGUCUGUAGCUGCUGCCAGACAGUAGACGUCCAGUACCAGCCCACAUAG